UUGAGAGAUGGAUAAGCCUGGCUGCACAACUGAGGACUAGUUAUGCAGUUGUGACUUAUAUCCCUUCCAAAUUCUGGUCUUGUUUUUCUUGCAAAUUUCUAGUCGUAUUAUGGAUAUCUCAGCCAGUGAAGGCCGAAAAUAUAUGUAAAGCUUUAAUAUAUUUUGGCUAAUGUUUUGAUUUCUCUAGUUCUCACAUAGUGCUGCGUAUCGGAAACGAUGUGUUUACUGAUACAAUAAACUAUAGGUUUUUGACCAGUCAGAGCUCGCGUAGUCUGUCAGUUUCUUUCUAAAAGGGAAUACACAGGAUACAAGGGAACUAAAAAUACAGGAGAAUACAGGGGAAUAGUACAGAAUACAAGGGAAUACAGGGGAAUUCAGGGGAAUUCAGGGGAAUACAGGGGAAUGCAGUGGUAUAGUAGAGAAUAUUUAAAUACACUACAAUAAGGGAUACAUGAAGUACUUAGGUAAAAUCCGAGAGGCAAUCCGCUGAUCAGGGUUUUAGUUAUGCAGCAGGCUUGAACUCUUUCAACUGCAUGCUGGGAUGUUUUCAUGUCUAACAUGGCGACUGUAGUCAGCUUGAACUGGAAAAGUUUUUUUCGGAAUAGUCCCUCGACCAUUGUGUUAACCAGCGAAAACGGUCUGAUAAUUUGAAUUACCCAGAGGAAAUAUGCAAAAGGAGAGCUCUAGUAAGAAGGAAUCUGUGCUGUCAUUAUACACUGAUGAAGAAAUUGAAGGUGUCAGCACCACUAGUUCUGUUACAAAGAACGAAAGCACACUGAAAGGUGAAGUGAAUUUUUCUGAGGUCAGUUCAACAUCUGAAGACACCAACCAGCUCCCUAGCAGCUCAAGUAAAAGCAUAUUUAUGGACUUGUACGAAGAAAAUAUUGUGGAUUCUGGAUCUGACAAUGUUACUGGUGUAAAAGGUAAUGGUGCUUUUGCAGACAAAACCAAACCUAAGCCUGGAUUGUCACUCCUUGGGGAAUAUGCCGACAGUGGAAAUGACACUGAGGAAGAGAUACGGAACUCACUCAUAGCCAAAGUGAAAAAGCCUGUUAAAAAAACUAAGAAAGCAGUAGACAUCUCAGCUGUUAAAAAUUCUAGUACUGAACAUGCCAUAAGAAAAGAAGUGAAUGCGUCUAAUGAAAAUUCCAACAAGCUUGAAACUAGUGGUGGCGAGGUUUCCAGGGAGACGUGUCUCUCUGAUGACAAAAUUUCUCUUACUGAAGAGAAAGAAGACGAUUUCAAUGACUUUGAUAUUCAUGCAAUGCUAGAUGACAGUCUAGCCAAAGUGGAGAAAAUCAAGGAAGAGGGUCAACUUUCUGCAUCUGAUUCCAGUGAUAGUGACAGGUCAUCUGACGGCAAAAAAGACUCCAAGAAACGAAAAGAAGAUAGAAAGGACAAGAGCAAAAAGAAGGAUAGGAAGAAAAAGAAGAAGAAACGUAAAAAACAGAAACAAGUAGUUGAAAAGAAAGACCCAUCUGAAAGUAAAGUAGAUGACAAGGAAAAGAAAGAAAGAAAACAGAACAGAACUAAAAGCCGAAGUAGAAGUAGGAGUAGAAGCCAGGAAAGUUCAGUUAAAAUCAAUCUGAAAUCGGUUAAACACAAGUCUCAAAAGCGGUCUAAGAGUAAAAGCACAGACAGAGGUUCAGGGCAUCGCCGUCAUCGUAGUAGAAGUCGAUCACAAGAAAAAAGGAAAAAGUCAAAAUAUAACAGAGAGAAAUCAAGGAGGUCAAGAAGUCGUUCAUCUAGUAAGAAACGAUCAAGUUCAAAAAGAAAUAAACAUUCAAAAUCUUACCGAUCCAGGAGUAGGUCUCGGAACAGAAGCAUCUCCCCAUCAAAUAAGAGGAAAGUAAGCCGCUCGUCCACCUCUAAAACCACCUCAUCUAGAAGAGAUUCAUCAUCAUCAAGAAAGAGGAAGUUUUCAAGAAGCAUAUCACCUCAUAAAGAAAGAGAUCCCUCUUCUGAACACAGAAGAGGUAGAUCACCAAAGAGACGUUCCCCUUCACCAGUAAUGAAAAGAAAAGUUCCUUCUGAGAAAAACAGGAGAUCGCCUAAUAAAAAGUCAUCAACCAAAAAGGUCAGAUCUCCAGACAAAAGGGAACACAAAGGCAGCCCCUCACCAACAAGAAAAUCAUCUCAUCGUACCUCGUCAGCUUCAGAUAGCUUGGACUCUGGACACUUCACAAACAUCCCUCUGUCUAAGACAAACAAACCAGAAGAUCUUUCAUUUGAAGACAAGGUUGCAGUGCAAACAUCACCAGUGAAGGAAACGAUGCCAGCAGUGGAAAAGUCGCCAGCAAUUGAAAAGUCACCAGCAAUGGAAAAGUCACCAGCAAUGGAAAAGUCGCCACAACACGUACCUGUAAUAGAAAAAUCACCAGCAAUGGAAAAACAGAAAGAAUCAUUAUACAGUGUGGCACCGAAGUUGGAAGAUUUGGAGAAACAACGUUCUCCUUCUUGCAGCCCAUUUAAAGCCUGGGAAGAUGAAUUUGAUUUUGUUUUCACUGAACGUUUGUCACCCAGAGAAGGAGCUGACAAGAGUGUAGAGGACGUUCUUUUUGGAAAAGAUCUGUCAGAUCCAAAGACUCCAGACUUUAAAAGAACAACUCAUGAAGAAAGCAUUAAAAAUAAGAGGAAGGAACCACUUAAAGGUGAAGAGAAGAAAGAAACUAAAGAAGAAACCCUGAAUGGGAACCAACAAGACAAAGUUUGUAAGGAAAAUGAUGUGCCACAAGAAAUGGAAACUCAGCAGUCUGGGUUCUCUGACGUGCAGUCCAAACCUGAGGAUUCUGUUGUGAAGGACAAACUGAAUAUAUCAAAACCUGCAGAUUCAAAAGAUAACAAUUCUGUGUUGGUACACAAUGUAGUAGAAAAAACUACGUCUGUUGAUACAAAUAAAACAAAUCAUGUCCAAAUGACAAAUGACAGUGCAGCCUCAGCUCAGACAUUGGAGGAAUCUGAUAAAUUGACAUUUUUGUCCUCUAAGCUUGAAACUAUUCCUUUCUUGGAUGAAGCCCCACCUGCCCCUCCCCCAGUAAGUGGAGAUCGGGAACAUCCUAACACCACAGCAACAUCUCAAUUGGGACUUUUAGGAUCCCCUCCAACCCAGAUGGGCCUCUUACCCACUCCUACUUUCGAUGGCCGGCCAUGGACAGGCUUUAGAAAUCUAGCUGCUGUUACGAGUGGUAACAUCCCUAAAGGUUCUCAGGGCCUUCUUCCAACACCUGGAACACUCCAAAAACUUUAUUCUGGUAAAAAAGACAUUGAGAAAGGUAAAUUCGAGCCAUUUGUAACAAGGAAAGAAGAAGGAAGAAACAACUUUAAUUUAGUUGUAAGUCCCAUGGACAUGGAAAUGUCAUCGCCAGAAGGGGACAUCAUUGACAGAUUGAAUGAAGAAUUCUGGAAACAGCAGCAGCAGAAUCAAAGCAGUGUCAAAAAAACCAAGCAAGAAAAGCCCAAAGAAAAGUUUGUGGAACCUGUGAUUAAUAAGCAGUCCUUGUUUGAGGAGCCUUAUGAACCUGAAUCUGGUUUAAUUAUUACUGAAGACUAUGACGAGGAUUUGAACAACAUAACUGAUCCUAAAGAAAGGAGAAGGAGACAAAAAGAACGACAAAGAGAGAAGACUAAAGUACAGGAACUUAUUGACAAGCUUCAUCGCCAAGCUCGAGUUGAAGAAGAAGUGAAACAUGUUCUAAAAGCAUACUACAAACACAGGGAUAUCGACAAAGAGGAAUACAAGAGUAUCCUCAGAAGGGCAGUUCCACAGGUGACCAACUCCAACAGUUCCAUUGACCCAGAGAGAAUCAGAUCCCUAGUGAAGAAGUAUGUGGCUAAAAUCAAGGGUGAACGAUCCCAUUCUUCCUGAUUAGUACACUGCCCUUACAGUCCAUUUUAUUGUCCAGUCGUUUUAAGGAAUUUAUCACAGGAAAGAUGAUUCUUUGGCAUUUACCAUUCAUACUGUAAUAUUCAUGAACCUACAUCUAGAGUUUCUGACUGCUACCUGCAAAAUCCUUGAGGUUUGGGAAAAAUGUAGAAAUGGAGAUAGUCAAGGGACACUGUAGCCUGCGAACAGGCUCCUGGUUAGGUUUUGUAUGAGCUAGCCAAGUGUGGUCUAGGGCAAGCGGGAUGAGCCGAGAGCGGUCUGCACUCCCAUUUGCUUCCCUCGUGGACUCCCACUCGCUUCGCUCACCGAAGGUUUUUUCCGUCCUUGCUGGGAACCUGUUUGCAGGCUUGGGACAGUGAAGGUGGUGAGGUAAACCAAAUUCAUGUUUGAAUGACAAGUUAUUAUGUUACAAAUGCUGCCCUCAAGAAUAUUUUAUUAGUUAUUUGCUUUUUGCUAGUGCUGAUGGAGACAGUGAGUCACAGUAAAAUAAUGUAUCCAGGAACAAUGAGGCAAAAAAGUCUGACUGGUGAUAUAGUUGCCUGUUGGCCAGUUUGCCACUUUAAUUGAGAAAAUCGAUACCACUAUGUUCAAAAUGAUGCUGACUUUAUUGCAACAAUCCCGUGCUGCUGUCUUUGUUUUUAGUUUGAAUUAAGUGAGAGGUCAUAAUAACUAAUAUUAUUACCUGGGUUGCUCAUUUAGUAAACUGUGUAACCUAAAGUACUCAUCAUAACAAAGAAGUGAAGCUGAGAAUUUAGGUUAUGGCAUGAAUUUUCAAUAAUUUUGUCCAUAUUGUUAUGGACAUAAACCACUUUCAACAUAGAGUUGUUAAUAAUGUUUCUUACAGUAUGUAAAAGAAGUUGUACAACUUGUAUAUAGGUAACUGACCUUGACGGUAUAUAUAGUCCUUAUGUGCUUCACUCUCCUUUUGUAAUCUGGGUAAAGUAGGAACUAUAGCCUAGCAGCAAGUGGUGUAAAACAAACAAAAAAUAGGUCUUGGAAAAGAAAGCGUUUUUCUUGAGAACUGUACUUGCGAUAAGCAGUUAUUUGAAAAAGAAAUACUAGUUUAUAGAUACCUACACUGUGCAUGUCCAGAAAAUAUCCAUACCUACACCAAUGGUGGUCAUGAGAAAUUCUGAGGGAGGAGGGGGGUGGGGUCUCAAUAGCCAGAUUUUUAAAGGGAAAGUGUAAAGGUAAAGUAAAAAUUCCACGGGGGAAGGGGAGGGUAUAAACCAAAUAACCAUCCUUGGUGGAGGUAUAGAUAUUCUCUGGAAGCACACAAUGCAAAACUGUGCAUUACAAUGUAUUUUGCAAGGGAUCUAGUGACUUGCUGGUCUACUGGAUAAUGUUUUCCACUGUAUUUCUUUUGUUUAAGAACACUAAUUUUAUCCUACAGUAGACUUGUUUUUUCUUCAAUUAAUCAGAUUUGUUUUCCACAAUGGUUUUAACAUAGGAGUCAUUCAAGUUUGUGGC